AUGUCAUAUAAUAAUAUUUUACUUCAAACUACACAAAAACUACAUUAUAUUACAUUAUUAGAGGUUUUUGAUAGUAAUUACAAGUUCCUAACUCUUUAUUUUCCAGAGAUUCAUCCAAAACUAACCUAUCAAGAGUUAUUGGAUGGAAUAUGUGAAAGAGAUAAUGAUCUAGAAAACAAAGGUAAAACUAGAAAAGGUAUAACCUUAUUAGACAUUCGAAAAGGUAAAGUUGGCAAUGGAAUAUUUAAUAGAAGUAAAAAUUUGAUAGAAGACUUAAAAUUUGAGGGGUUUACUAACUUACGAACUUUAAUAAUUUCUUCUCAUCAGUUAAUUAGUUUAGAUGUUAGUGAAUGUAAAAAUCUCGAGAAGUUAGAUUGUCAAAACAAUAAACUUACUAAACUAAAUGUAAAUAAUUGUCAUUAUCUUAACGAAAUCAACUGUUCGAGUAAUCCCAUUAGGGAGUUAAAUUUAAGUAUGUGUACUAAUCUAAAUGAAGUAGAUAUAAAUAGUUGUUCGAAUCUUAAUAUUGAUAAAAUAAAGUCAUCGCUUUCGUUUGAUAGCAAAAAUAAUAAAUUAACAAAAAAUGGACCGCAAAUAACCCUGGCUAAAGAAGAGGAUGUAAGAAAUAUACUAGUGAUUGGAACAACGGGUAGUGGUAAAUCCACCUUGGCCAAUGUUUUAGCGAAUGAUAGUAAAUUUGAAGAAAGAGAUUCAACUACUAACACUAAUAGUUUCACCAUUAUGGAUAUUUUAUAUGAAAUAGGGAGAGGAAUUUAUGCAGCAGAAAAUAAAAUAAAUCAAGUCAUUUUUGUAAUAAGUGGUAGGUUUACUUCUGAGCAAAUUAAUGCCUUUAACAUAUUUAAAAACUUCAUUGCCGAAAGUAGAAUUACUGAAUUUACUACUAUUGAUAAAAGCGAUUUACUUGCUGAGAGUCAAGAACUUAGAAAGAUGAUUAAGUCAUGUAAUGGCAUUGUCUAUGUAAAUAAUCCUCCGAUACCUAUAAUAGAUGAAGAAAAAGAUAGCGAAGGAGAAAUAGAGGAUAAAAAAGGGAGAAUUUCUAGAAAUGAAAAAAAGAGAAAAGAAUCUAGGGAAAAAAUAUUUGAUCAUUUGGCAGAAUAUUGCCUAGAGGUUUAUAAAUUUAAAGAAUGA